AUGAUAAAUAUUCGAAACGCGACGGUCGAAGACAUGCAGGCAAUGCAGCACUGCAACUUGCUUUGCCUGCCUGAGAACUACCAGCUGAAGUACUAUCUCUACCACGGAUUGAGCUGGCCCCAGCUGAGUUUCGUUGCCGAGGACGAGAACGGCAAACUCGUCGGCUACGUUCUCGCCAAAAUGGAAGACCAGGAGAACCCCGACGACAACACGCCUCACGGACACAUCACUUCGUUGGCGGUGAGACGGAGCCACAGACGACUCGGAAUUGCAAAGAAAGUGAUGGAUCAAGCAUGCAAAGGAAUGGUCGAGAACUUUGGUGCAAAGUAA